UGCUUAUAAGAGCAACUUGUUAAACAUAUUGCACAGGGAAAGAGAUUUCAAAGCAAUGGUUACUGAAUAUAUUCAUAAUUUGCAGAGCAAUUGCAUAAAAGGUAACAAAAGAUUGCAGAUGCAUGGAGUAAGGUUUUGAGUGUAACAUUAAGGUGGAAAUGUUAGUAACCAUAUGUUCUAACCUUUCUUUGUCUGCUUUUCCCCCUUCCCUGUCUUCCAGUGCUCCAGGAAGUGGGCCAAUGUUUAGAACCACUACUGUAGCAGUAGAUGAAGGAGGAGGGGAUGAUGUGGAUUUGACAUUUCCUGGUGGACAAAUCAGUAGCAGUCCUGGACUUGCUCAGGUUCCUGUCCAGAUAUCACAAGCUGUCAGUCUAGGAAUUAACAAGACAGGUGUGUCUUUCUCAUUUGCCAAAAAGGCCCCUGUAAAGCUAGAAUCACUUGCCUCGGUAUUCAAAGACCAUGUGGAUGAAUCCUGUUCUCCUGAUGAUGAAGUCAAAACUGAUGAAAGAGCCCAUACAUCUUAUGGAACUUUGGGAAUAAUUGGGGAAAUUGAGGGGACAAAUAGCCCUGACAGCAAGGGGGAUGAUGAUGAGCAAUCACAUGAGAAAGAUGCCACCUUAUCAAAGCUAAAAAAGAUGAAAAGUGAUGAUGGGCCAGUGGCAGUAGAACCAGAAUAUUAUCACUAUAUUCCCCCUGCACAUUGUAAGGUGAAGCCCAACUUCCAGUUUUUGCUGUUUAUGAAGGCAACAGACCAAGUAGAAGCAGAAGCUGCAAGCAAAAAAAUAACUCAUGAAAGGAAACAAAGCAAUUCCCCCAAACUCAAUGUGGCAAAAAGUGAUGAGAAAGAGACAGUAGCAGAAUGUGUGAUCCUUCAGAAGGAGCAGAGUGCUGCCAACCAAAGCAACAAAAUGGACAUUUUGGAGGAAAUAGGCAAGCAAGAAGGAAAACAACUUAAGGGAAAUGUUUUUGUAGACUCAGAUGUCAUUAAUGAGAUUUCCCAGGCUGCAGGAACUAGUAGAGAAACCACAGAAGGGCCUAAACAUUUAUCAGGGUCGUUCUUCCCUGUUCUGAGUAAGGAUGAGAACACCACCCUCCAGUGGCCUUCUGAACUGCUAAUCUUCACCAGAGCAAAACCCUCUGUGUCAUAUAGCUGCAAUCCCUUAUAUUUUGAGUUUAAGCUGUGUCGUAACACAGACACUAAAAUGAAAGGAACAGAAAAACAGAAAGGUACAAUAAACCUUUUGAAGGAGAAAAUGCAGGCUACUGAAGAUAGUGAUGCAAGCAAGAGCAAAGAGAUGGAUCUUCUAGCUGGUGGUUCAACUGCAGUGCCAGAAAGCAAGUACUGUGACAAGAAGGAAGUCAGUCCUGUAAGAAUUUGCAAAAGUGAAAAUGUGGAAAACAGCAGCAGAGGCAAUCUUACUAGUCACAAUGACAAAAUGGGGAAGUCUCACAAACACAAAAAGAAGAAGCACAAAAAAUCCACCAAACGUAAACACAGGCGCAAAUGUGAGGCAGAGGAAAAAAGCAGAGAAGGGGACUUAGCAGAAGAUAAAUCCAAGAAGCAGAAGAAACACAAGCACAAAAAGAACAAAUUUUCUUUUCCCACUGAGGCUGAGUGGAUGCAAAGGACUGAGGUUACUGGCUAUUCUAAAAAAAGAAAGUGGUGUGUGCAAGACUCUCAGAGGAAGUCUCUUUCUACUGAAGAAAGCAGUAAGAAAGAGGACAGUGGUAUCUCUUUCCAAGAUCAUGGCAACAAGAAAACCAAGGGGGACUUGCAGGACACUUUGUCUGCAAGCAAAAGGCGACCAUCCACCUCCACUUCAGUUCACCCCAGUCAUCGAGGCCAACAGAGCAGUGGUAGCUAUGAGAGUGACAGAGACUCCUCCUACAACAAGCACUUGAGGCAGAAGUCAGUAUCACAAUAUACUGAUGAUUAUGACUCUGCUAGUGACUGUUCACGAAGCCACUCCCAGGCAGGACAUAGACACUCCUCAAGAAGAUCAUCUCAGAGAUCCUACUCAUCAACUUCAUAUGCUUCCUCUGACAAUAGUCAGUACAGCCGGCAAUGUAGCUACUCAGAAGACAGCUAUAGUGAUUACAGUGACUGGUCACGAAGUCGUACUAAGCACUCCCAUGACUCAGAGGAUUAUUCAGAUUAUUCCAGUUCCAAGCACAGGUCAAAGAGGCACAAGUACUCCUCUUCAGAAGAUGACUACAGUCUGAGCAGAAGCAGGUCCUGGAGCAGGAGCAGCAGUCGAACUCACACCAGAGGGAGGUUAAGGACUAGAAGUCAAGGAAGGAUGCGCAGCAGUAGCUGUAGUCAUGGUCGAAGUAAGCGGCGGAGCAAGAACCGAACAGAACAUAGCUGGAAACAGAGCAGAAGCUACAGCCGAGACCGCAGUCGGAGUACAAGAAGCCUUUCACAGAGAUCUCUCUCAUGGAAGGGGUCCCAUGGUCAUGAAAGCCCUAGGGAGAGAAGAUCUGGCCGACGUGAUUUCAUCCGGUCCAAGAUCUACCGCUCACAGUCUCCUCAUUACUUCAAAGCCAGACAAGGUGACGGGUGUGCAAGAAAGGAAGAAGCCAGAGGCGAUGAAGCUACAAGAGCCUCCAGUCUCUCUCAAAAUACCAGCAGCUCUAACUUUGGGGACAGCUAUAACUCUGAGGAGAAAAAUUCUGCCACAGCUAAACUCCUGGAAAAGAUCCAAUGUAGAAAAGUAGAGAAGAAAUCUAGCAGCAAUGAUGAAUCCAUUGCAGGAUCUCACAAGGUUGGAAUUAAGCUGAAAGAUCCACCACAGGGCUACUUUGGCCCAAAGCUUCCUCCCUCAUUAGACAAUAAGCCUGUUCUUCCAUUAAUUGGAAAACUUCCUGCAGUUAGAAAACCAAGUGACAAGCAGUAUGAGGAAUCUGGUUUAGAAAGAGGAGAAGAAUUGGAACUAUCCAAGCUGGCUGAAGCAACGCAUGACACUGUUUCAGGAAGCCAGCCUCAAGUGGAGGAAACCAUGGUGACUGGAAUACAGGACAAUGUUUCAGGUGAUCAGAACUCAGAAGAAGUAGCCACAAAGCUUGCUCCUCUUCUUCUUGAACCCCCAGUACUCCCAGAGCAGUGUGAAUCUGGUGACCUGGUUGUGCCACACAACUUCCUCCAUGAUCCCAAUGAAAAUGAAGCUUUAGAGCCUCUUGACAACAGGAACAAACCUGUCUCUAUAGAAGGAAGAAUGGUACCUUUAGUCCCAGAUGUAGAGCAUUUCCCUAGCUAUGUAGCACAGAGUGGGGAGUCCAGCAUCAGUGGGGAGCCUGAGGGCACUGAGGAUUCUUCCCUGGCACCUCUGGAGAGCCAGCCCAUCAUCUUCACCCCAGAAGAGAUGGAGAAAUAUAGCAAGCUCCAGCAAGCAGCUCAGCAGCAUAUUCAGCAACAGCUCCUUGCCAAGCAGGUCAAGGCCUUUCCCGCCUCAGCUGCCUUAGCUCCUGCCACAGCCUCUGCCUUGCAGCCCAUCCACAUCCAACAGCCUACAGCAGCUGCAGCCACCUCCAUUACCACAGUGCAGCAUGCCAUCCUGCAGCAUCAUGCUGCAGCAGCAGCUGCAGCCAUUGGAAUCCACCCUCAUCCACAUCCCCAGCCUCUUGCUCAAGUGCAUCACAUUCCCCAACCCCAUUUCACCCCAAUCUCAUUGUCCCACUUAACCCACUCAAUCAUCCCUGGGCACCCUGCUACAUUCCUGGCCAGCCACCCAAUCCAUAUCAUCCCUGCUUCAGCCAUCCACCCAGGUCCUUUCACUUUUCAUCCUGUCCCCCAUGCUGCCCUCUACCCAACUCUCUUAGCCCCCCGACCAGCAAUCACUGCUGCUACAGCAUUACACCUCCAUCCCCUUCUGCACCCCAUUUUCUCAAGGCAGGAUUUGCAGCACCCACCCAGUCAUGGCACAUGAAGAAGUGAGAAAGAUGUGGCCUCUU